AUGAUACCUCGUGCUUCUCUUUUAAAACUCAUUUUGCUCAAUUUACCAUUUGAACGUAUUAUUUCAAUCUUACAAGCUAAACAAGAACUACUUUCAGUGCAUUACACUGACCCAUCAUUUAAUAUUAAAUUCCCUAUUCUUGAACCAUUAUACCCUGAUGUCCCAAUUUUGGAUUCUUUAUGGUCUGUAAUCAGACAUAUUGAAAUCACAGAAUCCACGGAAGGUGGGAUAUUCCGAAUAUGGACACGGUCUUUACUACCAUCUCUUGUUUAUUUUCUAAUUUUAUAUGGAACAAACAAAAUCUUUACUAAAGUAUACCCAAAUAUCAACAAUAACAAAAAACUAUUAACUUGGAUUACCAAAACUAUUUUAACAUACCCUUUGCGCUACAUUAUUGAUAAGAUGAAUACCGAUGUGAUUGAUACCAUCAAGUAUCGACACACUCAAGAUUUCCACCCACCUCUUUAUGCUUCAUGUAAACCAGGAUUUUGCUUGUCAUCUGCAAAAUAUACCAAUCUGAUUAAAUUUUAUGACACAAGAAUCAACAGUUAUCGAUUUCCAACAUGUAAAUCUGUUUUGUUAGAUGCAUGGGUUUCUGGAAGAUUGACUAACAAUAAUUUUAUUUCAAUUCCAUAUACCAGAGUCACUGGAUACUUUUCUUUUUUGAGAUACAUUUAUUGUGGACUUUUUUUAAAACUCAUCUCUGAUGCCAUUUAUAAACUAAUCAAGAGUUCAGCUUUGCAACUAUACUUUUGGAUCCCAUUUGAAGUGCACUCACUUAAAACCAUAUCUCUUUGUUCGACUAUACUGUCUAUGAUGGCUGUGUAUCCCAUCAAUGCUUUAAGGUUACGAAUAGUUGUUACCAAUACCUGGCAAAGAGUUGAUUACUUGGAAAGGGGUAGAGAAGAUAUUGACAUUGAAUGCGAGACAUACGGGUGCCAUUGUACAAAUGGCCGCGAGUGUGAUGGGAAAUGUGGGGUAGACUGUCACAAUGCCCAUUUUCAUAAACAAUACAAUAAUGAUGGCAAGUUUACAAAAAGAAUUAAUCAAUUGUGGCCCGGAGGAGCUGGAGAAAACAACUUGAAGGGGCUGGCCAAUGCCUGGACAAUGGCCAGAGCAAUUAAUGAGCAAGAGGGGGGGUUGUCCCUGUAUUCCGGAGUGUCCUCAGCAAUUCUUCAAGAGCUUUUGAGGGGUAGUAUAGUAUAG